CCAAGCCGGCUUUUCGCCUCUUCUUGUCUCCUCUUCUUCCGGAAUCAGCUGUCAGAAGACGCAAAAUGGCGGCCGCCGUGACCGUGGGGAGGGCGGGAUUCGUGUCCUUCAGAGGCGGCCCUCUGGGAGUGGCGGUCCAGGCCUGUCGCGGAGCACAUGCAGCGGCCGCAGCUGCCCCCCUCGCCACGGAGGCAUCCCCGCGCAUCAAGAAGUUUGCCAUCUACCGGUGGAACCCAGACAGCCCUGGAGAGAAGCCCCGCAUGCAGACCUACGAGGUGGACCUGAACAGAUGCGGGCCUAUGGUUCUCGAUGCCUUAAUCAAAAUAAAAAAUGAGAUGGACUCCACACUGACGUUCCGCCGGUCCUGCCGGGAAGGCAUUUGCGGCUCCUGCGCCAUGAAUAUCAACGGGGGGAACACCUUGGCCUGCACCAGGAGGAUCGACACGAACCUCAGCAAGGUCUCCAAAAUCUACCCUCUCCCCCACAUGUACGUGGUGAAGGACCUCGUCCCGGAUUUGAGCAACUUCUAUGCCCAGUACAAAGCGAUCCAGCCUUAUUUGAAAAAGAAGGACGAGUCCAAGCAGGGCAAAGAGCAAUACCUCCAGUCCAUAGAAGAGCGUGAAAAGCUGGACGGGCUGUACGAAUGCAUCCUGUGUGCCUGCUGCAGCACCAGCUGCCCCAGUUACUGGUGGAACGGAGACAAGUACCUGGGCCCUGCCGUGCUCAUGCAGGCCUACCGCUGGAUGAUCGACUCCCGGGACGACUACACAGAAGAGCGGCUGGCGCAGCUGGAAGACCCCUUCUCCCUUUACCGCUGCCACACCAUCAUGAACUGUACCAAGGCCUGCCCCAAGGGGCUGAACCCCGGAAAAGCCAUUGCUGAAAUCAAGAAGAUGAUGGCCACCUACAAGGAGAAGGCAGCCAGAGCUUAAGUCUGCACGGGGGCCUCCGCUCCGUUAUACGCACACACCCUCUUACUGGGAAUAACUUAUAUCCGAAGCCUCGGCAGGGGGUGGAGAGACCCCGCCGUUCCCGUGUGAUUUUUCCCCUCUCUCCAUUGACAGACCUGCAUGUUGGAUAUUGUAAUGGACUAAUUAAAUUGCUACUUUGAUUAGCAGAGUUGGACCAAGAUCUCUGUCUCACUCUGUCUCUCUCUCUCUCUCCCUCCCUCCCUCCCCGCAGCCAUUU